AUGCUGUCUACUCUUCGCAUCGCCAGCCGCCAGGCUACCCAGCGCACGACCCUUGCCGUUGCUGCUGGCCGCGCCGCCGCCUCUACCUGGGCCAAUGUCCCUCAGGGUCCCCCUGAUGCCAUUCUCGGAAUCACUGAAGCUUUCAAGGCCGACAGCUUCGACAAGAAGAUCAACCUCGGCGUUGGCGCUUACCGUGAUGACAAGGGUAAGCCCUACGUUCUGCCUUCCGUCCGCGAGGCCGAGCAAAAGGUCGUUGACGAGAAGCUGAACAAGGAAUACGCCGGCAUCACCGGCGUUCCCGAGCUGCCUCCCCUGGCCGCCAAGCUCGCCUACGGUGAGAACUCGACCGCCCUCGGCCGCCUGGCAAUCACCCAGUCCAUCUCCGGCACCGGUGCCCUGCGCAUCGGCGCGGACUUCCUAGCUCGCUUCUACCCUGGCGAGAAGAAGAUUUACAUCCCCACCCCGUCCUGGGCCAACCACAAGGCCGUCUUCACCGACGCUGGCCUCAAGGUUGAGCAAUACCGCUACUACAACAAGGACACCAUCGGCCUUGACUUUGAGGGCAUGGUCGCCGAUAUCAAGGCCGCUCCCAAGGGCAGUGUCUUCCUCUUCCACGCUUGCGCCCACAACCCUACUGGUGUCGAUCCCACGCAGGAGCAGUGGAAGCAGCUCUCCCAGAUCACCAAGGAGCAAGGCCACUUUGCCUUUUUCGAUAUGGCCUAUCAGGGCUUCGCCAGUGGCGACAUUGAUCAGGAUGCCUUUGCCGUCCGCCUCUUUGUUGAGCAGGGCCACAACAUUGCCCUGUGCCAGUCCUUUGCCAAGAAUAUGGGUCUCUAUGGCGAGCGUGUCGGUGCCUUCUCCAUUGUCUGCGAGGACGCCGCUGAGAAGAAGCGUGUCGACUCCCAGCUCAAGAUCAUUAUCCGCCCCAUUUACUCCAACCCUCCCAUCCACGGCGCCCGCAUCGCCUCCACUAUCCUCGCCGACCCCAAGCUGCGCGAGCAGUGGCUCGCCGAGCUCAAGGGCAUGGCCGACCGCAUCAUCUCUAUGCGCGCCCUCCUCAAGGACAAUCUCGAGAAGCUCGGCUCCAAGCACGACUGGUCCCACAUCACCUCUCAGAUCGGCAUGUUUGCCUACACCGGCCUUACCGCCGACGAGAUGACCAAGCUCGCCAAGGAAUUCUCCGUCUACGCUACCAAGGACGGCCGCAUUUCCGUCGCGGGCAUCACCAGCGAGAACGUCGGCCGUCUCGCCGAGGCCAUCUUCAAGGUUAAGGGUUAA